CGCGCACUUGUCCCAAUGGAGUUACCGUAGUAUUUCCGAUGCGGUUUAACUUCCGGUUUGGUUGUGUGAACAAAAAUGGAAAGUCUUCGAGUGCUUGAAUUAUACAGUGGAAUAGGUGGAAUGCACCAGGCUUUAAAACAAGCUGGCAUAUCAGCCCAGGUGGUGGCGGCUAUAGAUAUAAACACAACUGCUAAUCAGAUCUACAAGCACAAUUUUCCAGACACGCCACUCUGGAACAAGACCAUUGAGGGUAUACCACUUGAUGACUUCAAUAAAUUGUGCUUUGAAGUGAUUUUGAUGAGUCCUCCAUGUCAACCUUUUACCAGGUUGGGGUUGUAUCGUGAUGUCACAGAUCCGAGAACCAAGAGUUUUCUUUACAUUCUUCAACUUCUACCAAGGCUACACCAGCUUCCUCGCUUCAUCCUGCUAGAAAAUGUCAAAGGUUUUGAGAAUUCCUCUGCCAGGCAACAUUUAGUGGAAGUGUUGAGCAAAUGUGGCUACACUUACAAGGAGGUCAUGGUCUCGCCCACAAGUGUUGGGAUCCCAAAUUCAAGACUGCGUUACUUCCUGAUGGCAAAGCUUUCACCGUGCAUGGUGAGACAUAAUUCUGAUUCCUCGGUGCUCAUUGCUGACAAAGAGUCCUCUGAAGAAGCUGAAGGUUCAAAUGCUCUUAGUGCAGUUCCAUGCCUGCCAGAAGAGGAGCACAGCAAAGCUAAUGUGCUUUAUAAACUGGAGACCACAAACGAAGCUCUAAGAAAGAUGAACCAAAAUAUUGAUUUGUCUGUCAGGCAAGUCCAAGAUUUCCUGGAGGCAGAAGAGAACAUUGAUCAAUAUCUUAUUCCUCACAAAACUUUGUUGCGUUACGCUCUAAUCCUGGAUAUUGUAACGCCUCUCUGCCGCAGGUCUGUCUGCUUUACCAAAGGGUAUGGACGGUAUGUGGAAGGAACUGGCUCAGUACUCCAAAGCUGCAUGGAAACAAAGAUGGAGAGUGUGUUUCAGCAUCUAAAUCAGUGCUCAGAAAAAGAAGAAAAACUGCAGCUGCUCCAAAAAUUGAAGCUGCGUUAUUUCACUCCCAGAGAAGUCGCCAACAUGAUGGGCUUCCCCAAAACUUUCUCUUUUCCAGCACAUAUUUCAACCCAGCAGCGUUACAAAGUCCUCGGAAACAGUCUUAAUGUUGUCCUGGUAGCUUCACUUCUACAAGAGCUCGUUUCCUAGCAGAAGUACUCCUUUUUUCUUGUACUUGUGUAUAUUAUCAUUUGUACAGGUUAGUUGUACUGCCUUGUAUUUGACAAUUCCUAUUAAAUCUGGAUUAUUUGUUUCAUGCACACUGAGAUCUACAGUAGAGAAAUAUUCCAAAUAACAUGCAUAAAUUAUGAUGUCAAAGUUCAUCAAUCACUACAGUGAAGACUUGUUGUAUACUGCUACCUCCUGUUCAGCUGUUGGAAGUGCAAAACAAUCAUCAAAACAAGAUAGACGACUAUAGAGAAGUCAUGCAGAAUAUGCACAACAUUUCUGAGGGAAUUGUGAUUUAACAUAUGUCCACUAAAUUGGGCGUCAUGCAUUCCUGGCUGGAUAUUGACUACAUUGUCUAGUAUUGUUGUUUUUGAAAAUGUAAUUUAUUUUAUGGGAAUGUAAAUCUGUUUUAUUAGAUUACAACAAUCAUUUGUGUUUAUUACUCCUAUCAUUCAAAAAAAGUAAUUUUUUAAUAACUCAGAAGGCGCAAUGUUUUUGUAAUACUUUCAACAAUAUAUAUUGAAAUAUGGCAACAUAUUGUUAAAGAUAAUUAAACACAUCUUAUAGUGUUUUUUUUCAUGUUUUCGUAUAAUGUAAUAUUUUAUUAAAUAAACUUUACGCAUGUUGUCCACCAUAGUGGACGUUUCACCAACUCCUUGAAAAAUAUAUAUUUUUUAAAAUCAACUUUAACGUGUUUAUGCUUUUUAAUAUAAAAUGGAAGUAGGUUGUAACUUAUACAUCAAAGGUUAAAAAAAAAAAACAUUCAUACUGAAACUUACGGGGCAGCACGGUGGACCAGGGGUUAGUGCAUGUGCCUCACAAUACGAAGGUCCUGAGUAGUUCUGGGUUCAAUCCCGGGCUCGGGAUCUUUCUGUGUGGAGUUUGCAUUUUCUCCCCGUGACUGCGUGGGUUCCCUCCGGGUACUCCAGCUUCCUCCACCGCCAAAAACAUGCACCUGGGGAUAGGUUGAUUGGCAACACUAAAUUGGCCCUAUAGUGUGAAUGUUGUCUGUCUAUUUGUGUUGGCCCUGCGAUGAGGUGGUGACUUGUCCAGGGUGUACACCGCCUUCCGCCCGAAUGCAGCUGAGAUAGGCUCCAGCACCCCCCGCGACCCCAAAAGGGACAAGCAGUAGAAAAUGGAUGGAAACUUACACUUCUUUCUUUCAAUUACUGAUUUACAUCAUUCCAAAUCUACUAAAUCUAGCUCACAGAGUUGUGCAGUGACUCGUCUUGUUUGUGUUAUAUCCUGUAUCAAUUAAUAAACCACACACAUUAUGAAGGUGGUUCAGUGAUUCUCUGGUGGGGAUUGUAAUGUAUGAGGAAAUGUAUUUUAAUGUCAAAGCUUUAAAAUAAAUUGUACUCAUUCUUCACAUUGACUGAGUCAUUAACUUACUAGUUUCGUUUGUAAACAAACUGGUUUGUUAGUUGCAAUGUUUGGAUAACUGAAUCUAUUCAAAAAACAUUUAGUCAAAAACCAAAUCCUACAAAAAAUGGAAUGUAUGAAAAGCGAGGUAAAUCAGAAUCAGAAAUACUUUAUUAAUCCCCGAGGGGAAAUUAAAAUUUUCAGCACAAUCCCAUUCAAGAUCAGACAAACAUUACAGGGAGACAGAACAGGAUCGCUGACGGGUCUGACAACUUUUGGCGCCCCUUACAAAAAAGGUGAGAUACAG